CUGCGGAGCUCUCUCCUGCUCGGAUAAACUUCACUUGACACCUCGCUGUCGGCGCUCCCGGGCGACACGAAGCUCCGCAAACAUGACGCUCGCAAUGACAUUGUGGAAAGCGGUGGUGAAUGUUUUGUGUCUGCCGCUGCAUUUAAUGCACGCCAUGGGCCUGUACAACAUCUACAAACGCAUUUUCCCCAUGUGUCAAAGUAGCUUCUCGAUCGCCUACAACACGAAGAUGCACGAGCAGAAGAAGGAGCUGUUCGGCAGUCUGACCCAGUUCACGAAGCCCGGAGGCCGCCUCACGCUGCUGGAGAUCGGGUGCGGCUCCGGGACCAAUUUUCAGUACUACCCGCCCGGAUGCAAAGUGAUCUGCACCGACCCCAACCCGCACUUCGAGAAGUAUCUCAGCAAGACCAUGGCCGACAACGACCACCUGUCAUACGAGCGGUUCGUGGUGGCCACCGGGGAGGACCUGGGGUCAGUCGGGCACGAGUCGGUGGACGUGGUGGUCUGCACGCUGGUGCUCUGCUCCGUUAACGACAUCCCGCAGACCCUGAGGGAGGUGCACCGGAUCCUGCGGCCGGGUGGAGCCUUCUACUUCAUGGAGCACGUGGUUGCAGACCCAUCCACUUGGUCCUACUUCUUCCAGCACGUCCUGCAGCCCCUCUGGUACUACUUCGGCGACGGAUGCGAGGUCAUCCGGGAAACAUGGAAGCACCUGGAGGCAGCCGGAUUCUCUGAUCUCAAACUAAGACACAUCCAAGCGCCGCUCGUCUUCAUGCUCAAACCGCACAUCGUGGGCUACGGUGUCAAAUAGGUCGUGUCUGAUGAGCUCUGUAGCACGCCCUCCCUCGCAAACCAGUGUGUUAAUAUGCCAAGCAUUGAACGCCUCUCCCCCCCCAUGUGUGAUAAGAUCACCAGUGAUAGAGAGAACACCAGUCACUUUAAUACUAAUUUUAUUUUUGUAUUGAAAAUAAUACAUUUAGUGUUGUUUUGUAAAGAAAAAGCAAAAAAAAAAAACAAAAAAACAAAAACCCUCACAUACACAGCACACAAUAGUACUUUUGUAUGCAGUUUAAGUGAGAAGUUUAUCUUGGUGUUUGUUUCACAUCUCCAACCUGCUUGCUGAUGAAUUGAUAUAAUCCUAACAAUAGGAACUGUUGUGUAUCAGUGUUUACCUGUGUGGGUUGAUUUGUACCUUUUUAUGAUAUGAAAAUGAAGUCACUAGAAUGUAUAUUUUUGCUUUGAUUGAAGGGCUUGUGUGAAAAGGAAAUAAAGAGGUUUUACCUGGAGAA